UAUAGGCGGUACACUUUAAUUAAUUUUUUUAUUUUUAAGUAUUAUCAUAAUUUUUACUUUUUACUGGUCAUUAUUUCAUUUUUCAAACAAAAUCUUGCGAUACAUCUAAAUAUUGUUUUAAGCUCAGCUUGAAAAUCACUGUGGCAUAGAGUAAAUAAUAACUACUGAUAUCGUCAAAGAUAAUAUCGUUUGUUAACUGAUUACAUUAUUAUAUUUUUUACGUUAAUUCUUAGAGUAAUAAAAAGAGUAAUUUGUAUUUUAUUGUUAAAAAGAAUUGAUAAUUUUAUUAUCAUUAUAUAUUAUUUGUAGUGACUACUAUUAUAGAACUACAGUCUAUAGUGCAUUAGUGUUAUUAUACUAGUGUAUAGUACUAUACUAUUAUAGUACAACUAUUGGAAUACUAAUAUUAAAGUAUAUAUUAUAGUUCAUAUCAUUGCCAUGGAAAAUCGUUGUUGUGUUUUGGGAUGUUUGAAGACUUCUGAUGAUGGAGUUAAAUUACACGAGUUUCCAUUCGAUAACCAGUUGCUACUGCCCAUUUGGAUAAUGGCAACAAACCGUUCAGAGUGGUUACCGAUUGCAAAAAGUAGAAUAUGUGACAAGCACUUUAGUAUUGAUGAUUAUGAAGCUGGAGAUAAGAGCAAUAUGCUUAAACCAAAUGCUUGCCCCAUGAUCAAUGCAAACAAUAGUGUUGUAGAUACUAAGCCAUUGACAGAUUCUGAAUAUGAAGAAUUUUCAUCUACAAGUGAUUUUAACUGUUCCGAUAUUGAUUCUGAUGAUUUACCAGAUACACCAAAUACUAGCGAUUUGAAAUUCAGUGACGAUGAUUCAAUUCUAAGUACAUCAUCUUGUAGUAAUUAUAGUAAUUCAAAUGAAGCUACAGGAUUUGAUGACGAUUUUCUAUCAUCUCUUUCCGAUACAGAAUUUGAACCAGAUAAUAUGGAUGUUGAAGAAUCAAUGCUAGAAUUGGACUCUGUGUCAUUAUCUUCAUCUAUUACAAGUUUUGUGGAUACAAAUCAGCCUAUAGACCAUGUAUGUGCAGUUGUAUUAUGUAAUAAAAAUGCAAGAAACCAGUUUGAUAGAUUGUUUUUCAUCAACUUUCCAAUUGAUAAUAAAGCACUUUGUGAAACUUGGUGGAAAAUUUGUGGGCACAAAGACAAAUUUGAUCCUUUGUCAAAAAUAUGCUCAAUCCAUUUUGAUCCUGAUGAUUUUACAUCUAUAACUAUUAGACGAGAAGGUCAGCUUUUUAGACAAACUAUUAUGAAGAAUAAUAAUACUGUACCAACUCUUUAUUUACAAUCACAUGAGUAUUUAAGAUUUACGAGAAAACGAAAAAGAAGUGUUAAUGAUAGUUCUAAAGCAGGUAUACAAAAUAAUUCAACAGAAAAUGAAUUCUGCAUUAUUCAAGGCUGUGAUAAGACAUUUUUAAAAGAUGGAAAAAGGACAUUAUUUUUUAAAUUUCCAUUGGAAAAUAAAACUAUACUCAAAAAAUGGAUAAAUAGCAUCGGAUUACCUAAUUUGCAGCCAACAGUUACAGAUCGAGUUUGUUCUGAUCAUUUUGAAAAUUAUGAUGUUUUAAAAAUUAAUGAUGUUUAUAGUCUGAAUAAUGAUUCUAUUCCAUCAAUUAAGCCAAAAAAUUCAUUUGUAUUACGUUUUGAAGAUGAUUAUGAUAAAAAAUAUAAAUCCCCAGUUAGCAAAAGAAAUAUUGAUUUUAUUUUCAAUAAUUUAGAAUUUAAUAAAUUAGAAGAAAACACUUUGAUAGUUAAAGAUACUACUAAAGAAAAAAAAAAUGAAAGUAAAUUGUUAAAUUCGUUGGAAAAUAAAUUGGAUGUUCAAGAACUAAAAAAUAAUGAAAAAAUCUUUAAUACAUCUGCAACCCAAUCUAGUUCAACUAAAAUAAAUGACAAUAAAGAAACUUUUAAUAAAUCCAACUAUGGAGAUGUCAUAGAUAUUUUGGAUAAUAUUAAUAACAAACAAGGAACACUGUCUAAACAUAAAAAUGUAGAGAGUUCAAUAGACACAAGUAUAAAACCAUAUGAAGAAGAAAUCACUAAAGAUAAAAAAAAAAAUAAUGAAAAUUCAACCAAAAUUGACUUGGAGUAUAUUUAUAUGGAUGUAUUAAACCAUAAAAAUCUGAUGGAAGAACAACCAACAAUUUAUACAAACAAUAGUGUAAAAGUGUUGACAGAUGAAUGUAAUCAGAGUAAAUUGGUAUACACACCAAACAUUAGUAAUUUGAAAAAAGUAUCUACUGAUGUUUCAAAUAUCACCUCUAUAUCAAAAAAUAAAUGUAAUUCAAAAGUAGUUCAGAAAUCACAUAAAGAAUCGAUUACAAAAAUUAUUUCUGACGAACAAAAUAUGAUUCCAAAAUCAAGAAAUAAUGGAAACGACUGUGAUUAUAUUUACUUAGACAUGUUGGAUGGAGAUGAUGCUAAAAAUGUUUUGUCAUUUGAAAAAAAAUGCAUUUCAAAGAAUUCAAAAACAAAAAUUUUAAAACUAUUAGAAAAAAAUCAUACAGAUGGAAUUCCAGAAUCUAUAAUUUAUAAUCAAGAUCUAAUAGAAUGUUAUGGUGAAAUGCUUCCACCUUAUUGCGACCAGGAUUGUCAGUUAAUAUGUUAUUAUUCUAUACCUGGUCCUGAACGAAGACAAAUCUAUAAAGAAUUUCAGAUGUUGCAUAAUGCAACUGAACAGAAUUGUAAAAUAACUCAAUUAGUUCAACUACGUAUGACUAAAAAGAGAGAUGAUACAUUUGAAAGCUGUCCAACAUACCAUUUUUUCAGAAAUAAGGAAUCUAUAAAAGUGUGCAGAACUUUUUUUAUGAACACAUUAGGUAUUUCUGAACGUCGUCUCGAUGCCAUUUUGAAACCAAUUAAUUACAGCUGGUAUUCUGAUAGAGAUACUGCGUUGAAAGCCAAUCAACCAAAACAAGUAAAUGUAAUUAAUGAACCAGUUGUUAUAACAGAUUUUAUGAAAGAAUCUUUAAUACCAUUGGACAAAGACUACAAUUUAUAUGAACCUGAGAGUGACUCAGAAGUUAGUUUAGAAAAUGUUCCUUUUAAAGAAUAUGAAAAAGUAUUCCUGUACAUGAAAGGUAUUCCUAGGGUUUUGAGUUCAUAUCGAAUGCCUGGAACAUUAAAAAAACAUUUCUUUGAAACCAGUAUUUGUUUGGAAUAUAUGUACAAAACAUAUUCUGAAAAUUUUAUUAGAAACAAGACUCCACCACCUUAUACAAAACGUCAGUUUAAAAAAAUUUAUAACCAGUACAUGAAGACGUUUUUAAAAAUGGUUUAAAUCCUUAUCAUAUUUUAUUGUUAAGCAUAGACUUGAAAAUAGAAUUAUAUUGAUAC